AGACAUCAUCAGCUAUUAAUAUAUAUUGGAAUUAACACCGUUAACUACUUAUUACUAGAUGAACAAAUGAUUUUCUUAAAGGCGAGGAAUACUCAUAUUUAUGUUUAUUUUUAUGGGGAUCUAAUUUAGAAAUGUUUCGGAAUAGAAAAGGAUACUUUUCACUUAACGUUCAAAUUGUGUGCGACUCCAAUUUACGCAUCAGAAACAUAAUUGCCAGAUUGCCUGGCUCUGUGCACGAUAGUACAAUUUUUAAUGAUUCACCCUUAUGUGCCCAAUUUGAACGUGGCGAUUUUGGCUCUAUGGUCCUUCUUGGAGAUAGUGGUUACCCGUGUCGACCAUACCUAUUAACAUCGAUACUUAAUGCAUAAACGCCUGCUGAAGGAGCAUAUAAUCAGGCACAUGUUAAAACCAGAAACAUUGUGGAAAGGCUUUUUGGCGUUCUAAAACGAAAGUUUCCUUGUCUUCAAGUGGGGAUAUGGGUUUAA